AUGCCACCCAUUCGCACAGAGAAGAAGAAAGGUUCAGCGAAGGCUACUCCUUCCGGUGGUCUUGCAGCCUUUGGCUUUAGACCAGCCCCGAAAGAGGAGGUCGUAGCCGCAGCGGCCCGGGCAAAACCUCCAGUUGUAUCACGAUCCGCUGCAGACCUAGUAGCGCAAGAAGCGCCGAAGCCAAAACCUCGUCUUCCCAAGCCUCUCGUUAAAGGAGUAAAACACGCCUCCUUCUAUGACUCCAGAUGCGACUGGGACGACAAGUACCACAAGAUUAUUGGGACAUCGACACGGAAGAUCACUUUUGGAGGGGCCUUUGAGCUGACAGAAAACCUAAAGAAGAUCUCUCUACCCGGGUCUAGGAGUUCUGAACUUGGUGAUCAAGGCUUGAUCCAUCUCAUUUCGUUCUGUCAGAACCUUACCCAUCUGGAGUUUUCCGGUUCUGGCGUUACAGAAGUCACUUUCGAGCAAUGGAUUGCUCACCCGGAUUGGGCGCCGAACCUGAAGAAACUACGCCUCAACGACCUUUCUUACAAUAGAAGACCCAUGCGUGCGUUGCGAGAGUUUGGAAGGACGCGGCCGACACUACCUAUCGAGCUGGUUACCCGUUCAGAAUUCAAGAAGUGGGAUACGUGGUAUCUGCAGACCAGUCACGAUACGUACAAGAACGGGAGAAAGGUGUCUUCUAGUCUCCCUACUGUUACUUGA